AUGAAGCGACCACAAGACGCCAUGAAAGCAGCUUAUACCUUGCAGGGCUUUGCAACAACAUUCUACGCCGUCUUCGCAGCGGUGACUUAUGUCUACCUGGGCAAUACAGUUGGCUCACCAUCAUUCGGGUCUCUCGACAGUAAAUGGGCCAAAGCUGCUUAUGGAAUUGCUAUCCCGAACUUUUUGAUUGCUGGAAGUCUCUACUCUCAUACGGCCAGCAAGUUGUUGUUCGUCCGGAUCUUUAGACGAAGCCGACAUCUUCACAGCCAUACAGUGGCAGGGUGGGUGACUUGGGCGGCUCUUAUUGUUAUCAUGAACGGAGCAGCGUUCGUGCUGGCAGUUGGAGUGCCGAUCUUCAAUUACCUGAUUGGUAUCGCGGCCAGCCUAUUUGCAGCUUGGUUCACCUAUGGCCUUGCAGGAAUGUUCUGGCUUCACGACUCGUAUCAUGAUGGUAAUGGCAUACAUACAUGGCGAAGGAAAUGGUUCCAGUCUGGCUUGGCCUUCUCGACCGUAAUCGCUGGUGCUUUCAUCUGCGUCGCCGGCAUGUAUGUUACAGUACGGGCGAUUGUGGAAGCGUAUCAGAGCGGGGCCGUAGCAAGUCCUUUCGCUUGUUGA